GGAGGACUUUGACAUGUCCCUCCGUCUUCAAUGCAACGGCUACAUCAUUCGUCUCGCUGCUUGGGCCGGUGAUGGCUUCAAGGAGGGUGUGUCGCUGACCGUUUACGACGAGCUCGCCCGUUGGGAGAAGUAUGCCUAUGGUUGCAACGAGCUGCUGUUCCACCCCAUCCGCACUUGGCUCUGGAGGGGUCCUUUCACGCCACUGUUCCGCACAUUCUUGUUCAGCAACAUUCGCUUCACCUCCAAGAUCACCGUUGUCUCGUACAUUGGUACUUACUACGCCAUCGGAGCUGCCUGGAUCAUGACGGCUGCCAACUACUUCGCCAUGGGUUGGUUCAACGGAUACCUCGAUCAGUACUACAUCGACUCUUGGAAGGUCUGGUUCUCCAUCGUCAUCGUCUUCAAUGGUCUCGGUAACAUUGCUCUCGCCGUCAUGCGUUAUCGUAUUGGCGAACGCAGCCUGUUGUGGUCGCUCUUUGAAAACUUCAAGUGGACCAUUAUGCUUGCGAUCUUCCUCGGUGGUCUUAGCCUGCACGUCAGUCAGGCUCUGCUGGCGCACAUGUUCGAAAUCAACAUGACCUGGGGAGCGACAUCCAAAGAGGCCGAGUUCUCCAACUUCUUCAUCGAGGUGCCCAAGGUUCUUAAGAAGUUCAAAUUUUCGAUGAUCUUCUCUUUGACCUUUAUUGCUGCUAUGAUCAUCCUCGCUGUGGCAGAUUUCGUGCCUCACGACUGGCGUAUUACCGACUUCGUUGCCAUUCUGCCAAUGGCCACUGUCGCCGCGAGUCAUUUCCUCCUACCCAUUGCCCUCAACCCAGCUCUCAUGACUUUCUCAUGGUAAAGGCGAGGCUCAACAUGCACAAUACACGCCCUACAUACGGCAAAGCAACUUGAAAAAAAAAACCCUUUUCCAGACAUGAUGAAUCGCGAUCGCCUCAUGGGGCAUACAGCUUGAGCUGUGUACAUACUCGAAUAGGCGUUGACGGGAUGCCGGGAUUUAUAGACCUGGGACCACAUUGGCGUUGGGUUGAAACUUGAUCCUUUUUUCGCAC